CGAUUCCCCACUUCUUAUCUACGUCUUACGCUGACAAUAAUAAUCGAGGCGUUAGAUUCAUUCAUUCCAAAAAAUCUACUAAUAAACACGCAUAACCUUUCCACUUCCACUUCCACUUCCACUUCCUCCUUCAAUCUUCUCUUUUCUUCCCCAAAUCCCCCACACUACACUCUCAGGACUUUUAAGUCUGCUACAUAUUUGUUCAAGUUUAUACUCUUCUUCUUUUGCUCUUCAGCAUUACUUUCUUCUCUUUUAUUUCUCUCCUCGAUAUUCUCAUAAUAAAUCCGCAGUUAUGGCUUCCUCAACAACCGUUUCCUAUACGGCGAACGUGAGUAAUUUUCUUCUUUCUCUCCAAUUAAAUGCCCCGCGAUCGGCGCAACAAGAAUACUGACUUUGAUCUUUGAAUUAUAGCUCAUGAAGUACAUGGCGCUCGACCAGAAGGGAUCUGCUAUGGCAGAGUAAGCUAAUUAAUGGAAUAUUGUUUCCCCUCUUUCAAAAUCUAAUCCUUUACAAAGGUACAUCUGGAUCGAUGCGAAUGGUGGCACUCGUUCCAAGUCAAAGGUAAGAAAACAUUCAACAAAACAAUAACACCAAGGCUUUGCGCCGCAACUCAAUCUCACUCUUCCAUUCAAAAAAAUUCACAAAACAUCUCAAAUGAGUCAUACUAAUAUCGAUUUCUAUUUAUAGACUCUUACCAAGAUUCCAGAGAGUGGCCAGUUCACUCUUGAUGAUCUUCCAGAAUGGAACUUCGACGGUAGCUCGACAGGUCAAGCCCCCGGUGAAAACUCCGACGUUUACCUUCGCCCCAUCGCAAUCUUCCCAGAUCCAUUCCGUGGUGCCCCAAACAUCUUGGUCUUGACUGAAUGUUGGGAUGCUGAUGGAACCCCAAACAAGUUCAACUACCGUCAUGAAGCUGCUAAACUCAUGGAGGCACACAAGGCUCAUGAGCCAUGGUUCGGUCUGGAGCAAGAAUAUACUCUCCUUGAUAUGUCCGAUAGACCAUAUGGAUGGCCAAUCAAUGGUUUCCCAGGUCCGCAAGGCCCAUACUACUGUGGUGUUGGUACUGGCAAGGUUUUCUGCAGAGAUAUUGUUGAGGCUCACUACAAGGCUUGUUUGAAUGCUGGUAUUAAGAUCUCCGGUACCAAUGCCGAAGUUAUGCCAGCUCAAUGGGAGUUCCAAGUUGGUCCUUGCGACGGUAUCGAAAGUGGGUACUCCCUUGUUUUUAUUAUCAAUAUGAAUCAUGACUGACUCUUAUUUAGUGGGUGAUCACCUCUGGUUGGCUCGUUUCCUCCUCAAUCGCGUCGCCGAAGAAUUCGGUGCCAAGAUCUCUUUCCACCCCAAGCCAAUCCCAGGUGACUGGAAUGGUGCUGGUCUUCACUCCAACUUCUCAAGUGCUGAGAUGCGUGUAGAGGGAGGCAUGAAGCACAUUGAGGCUGCUAUCAAGAAGCUUGAGGGUCGUCACAAGGAACACAUUGCAGUUUACGGAGAUGACAAUGCCAUGCGUCUUACCGGUAGACAUGAGACUGGUUCUAUCGAUAGUUUCACUUAUGGUGUUGCUAACCGUGGUGCAUCCAUUCGUAUUCCAAGAGAGUGUGGUGCCAAGGGUUACGGAUACUUUGAGGAUAGAAGACCCGCUUCAAAUGCUGAUCCAUAUCAAAUUACUGGUAUUAUGAUGGAGACUGUAAGUUAUUUCAUAAUCAAGUGGCAAAUGGACUUGGCUAAUCAGAUUUUAGAUGUUCGGUGGACUCGAUGGUAACUGAGGUGAAGAAAUAGAUUAUUUUCACAUGUCUGGGGUGGGAGAAAGUGGAUAAUGGCUUGGCGAUGAGGUCUAUUUUCGUUUCAAGCGUUUUGAGGGUUAAAAUGCUUUUCGUUGAAAUUUUCAGCAUAGCAUAGUUGCAUUGUAGAUGGUUGACCUUUUUUUUUU